CGCCGUCAUAUAGGUGGUGGUAAACACUCAAACUAAGGAAAAGAUGCGAGUGACGUCACAUCCGUAAACAAGUGUUAGCUUUAGCAAUGUUAUAGCUCGCUUUCUCUCUGCUCGUUCAACUAAUGUAUUCGUGUAAACAGAAAUGUCUGAAGAGGACACGUCAUGUGGGAACAAAGAAACAUCGAGUAAAGAAGACGAUUCUACGGCCAAAGAGUCUACGAAAGACAACGAUUUUAAACGAGUUUUGAAACAGGUGGGAAUUACGAGCACUGCCUUCAUUGGUCCAUCCUUUCAACCAGAGGAGAACACACCCACGUCUGGUGUUGAGGACACGCUCACUGCAUUUUACAAGGAGAUUGAGGAGAUUUGUGAAAAGGCUGCUGAGGAAAAUGAUGCUCGUCUCCAAACAGCCCAAGCAUCUGAAGAAGCACAGGACACACCUGUGGAAGACACAGUCAGACUUUCAGAGCUAGAUUCUCCCCAACAGAGAAGUAGUGCACACAAAGAAGCACCCUGGUCCCAUUGGUAUAACAAUGAGCCCUACUAUAUUAGAAGGCCAAAAAACAUGAACUCUGACAGGUUUGCAUCUAAUCAGAAUCCUCCUCUUCCGCCACUAAACCAGCCAGAGCCCAGAUUGCACCGCCCUCCUUUUCCAAAUUACACCCACCCACCGCAGCACUGGUAUCCCACCAGUGACCACCAUUACCAACCUCAGCCUCGGUUCCCAGCACCUGAAUGCCACCAUUACCCACCUCAGCCUCAGCUCCCAGCACCUGAAUGCCACCAUUACCCACCUCAGCCUCAGCUCCCAGCACCUGAAUGCCACCAUUACCCACCUCAGCCUCGGUUCCCAGCACCUGAAUGCAACCCAGUCUAUCAGGACAGGCAUUGUGGCGGUUAUAGUUUUGAAGCUCGUGAUGACGUAAAUGCCAGGUGGUCCCGAGAUGCACCUGAAUUGCACUUUGAAGACAGACGCCAAACGAGGGAGCAGCCGCAUCACUCCGGACCACUCGAUGGGCCGUCCUUGGUGCUCAUCCUGAUGCGCGGCCUCCCAGGCUCUGGCAAAUCCACAAUGGCAAGGGAGUUGCUCUCAACUGGUCCCAGUGGCUUAAUACUGAGCACAGACGACUACUUUGCGCAAAAUGAUGGAUAUCGCUACGAUCCAGGCCUUCUUGGCUCGGCACACGAGUGGAACCAGAGAAGAGCUAGCGACGCUAUGCAUGACAGCCGCUCUCCUGUCAUCAUCGACAACACAAACCUGCAAGCUUGGGAGAUGAAGCCUUAUGUCAAAAUGGCCUUGCAGAGAGGAUACCGAGUGGACUUUUGUGAGCCCAACACCAGCUGGAAGUUUGAUCCCUUUGAGCUGGAGAAGAGGAACAAACACGGUGUGACUCAGGAGAAGAUCGCAAAGAUGCUGGAUCGCUUUUUUUCCCCAGUUUCCAUCGACGACGUCUUGAGCUCGCAGGAUCCGCAUCACGUCAACCAGCGGCGCCAAGAGCGAGCACUCCCCUAGUGGAACAGUUUGGGAGCGUUUUUGAUCUCACGUUUCUACAUGGUUUUAAACCACUGAUUUGUACACUUAAAAAUAUAUUAAUUUUAUAUUCUUAACCAUAUCAUGCAUUGUUCUAAGACGUGAUAUGUUGCUAUUUUUGUUUGUCAAAGGAAAGAGUAAAUUGUUCAGUUUUCUAAUUAUGGAAUGAACCUGUGAACAAACAGUGCAUCCGGAAAGUUUUCACAAUAGUUUUAUUUCAACAUUUUGUUAUGUUACAGCCUUAUUCCAAGAUGGAGUAAAUUCAUUUUGUCCUCAAAAUUCUACACACAAUACCCAUAAUUGCAAUGUGAAAAGGUUUCAAAAUGUUGUUUUGCAAAUCUAUUAAAAAUUUAAAACUAAAAAAAAAAAAUUUACAUAUGUACUCACAGCCUUUGCUCAAUACUUUGUUGAUGAACACUUAGCAUCAAUUAAAGCCUCAAAUAUUUUUUAAUGUAAU